AUGGAGGGUGGCCUCCUGCCGGCGACGGCUGGUGGGACGUGCUGCGGCUGCUGGCCGGCCAAGCAGCACCUGGACUGCCUGCACGAGCAGGUACGGCAGGCUGAGGAGGAGCAAGCAGGUUUCGUUAGAACUCUGCUAGUUUGCGGCGGCCUGCUGCUGCUCCUGGCGAUGUUGGCGGCCCUGGCUGCUGUGGCCUCCAGCCCACCGUCCCGCCGGGAAGGAGGUGAAGAUACAGGCCUGGACGUGACACCACCUGAUAAGGGGGGCGAUGAAGAAAAGCAAGAAGAAACACACCUGGAAGAGGUGAAGGAGUGUGUCCAGGAAAGACCACGUGACACGGAGACACCCGCGGCGACGGGGAAGGAGGCGGGUGUAGAAAGGGUGACAGAAGUAGGAAAUGAAGGAGAGGAGCACCCGAGUGACGGGUGUGUGGAGAAGAUGGGAGAAGAGACGGAGACAGAAGGUGAAGAAGGUUUGGAAAUUGAAGAAGACUUGGAAAAAGGAGAUACAGAAACCAAAGAAGACUUGACACCCACCCGUGCCCCUUCGUCUGUUUCCCCCUCAACAACGACACCCCCGCCAGCCAACACCGCCUCUUUCCUACCGCCAAUUCCCCGCCCCGCCCCUGGGACUGCCCUCCUGCGUUAUGACGGCAGCCGCCGCGCUCUGCACCAGGAACUACAGGACUUUCAUCGGUGGGCUGGCGGCUCAGACGCCGAGUACCAGCGUCGCCUGCGUCCAGUGGAGGACCUGCGGCGUGUGGUGGUCACAAUGUGGCCUCAGGUGCGCGUCGAGGCCACCGGCAGCCUGGCCAACGGCCUCUAUAUGGCGGACAGCGAUGUGGAUGCGACACUGCUGGGCCACUGGCCCGCGUCACCCUCUCCACUACUCGCACUCCGCGACGCCCUCCAGCGGGAGGGCGUGGCGCGGCUCGGCCAGCUCACCGUGCUGGAGAAGACGACGGUUCCACUGGUCAAGUUCGUGCACCAGGCGACGGGCUUGCCCGUGGACGUGUCCUUAGGCAGCGAGGCGGCCGUGCGCGCCGCAGAGCUGGUGCGGGAGUUGUUGCGCCGCUUCCCGGCCCUGGCGCCCAUCUCACUGCUGGUGCGCCACUAUCUGCGUGGCCUGGGCCUGGCAGAGGUCUUCACGGGGGGCGUGUCAUCCUACGCCGUCACCCUCAUGGUCACCAGCUUCCUGCAGCUGCAGGUUCCCCCGGACGCCCAGCACGACCUCGGGUGGCUGCUGGUGCGCUUCUUCGCCUUCUACGGCUAUGAGUUUAAUUUCGCCAGCACGGGGAUCAGCGUAGUGGGCGCGGCCGAUACAUGCGUAAGGAAGACGUGCCCAUCGUGA